AUGGCAUUGCAACAAGAUGUUGAUAAACUCAAGAAGAAGAAGCUGAGACAAGAAGAGAAUGUUCACAGGGAUUUGGAGAGGGCAUUUUCCAGACCUUUGGGAGCUCUAUCUCACCUUCCUCCUUAUCUUUCUUCUUGUACAUUGGACCCUCUUGCUGAAGUAACUAUUUUGGAAGAGGAGGUUGUGCGGCUUGAAGAACAGGUUGUGCAUUUCAGGCAAGGAUUGUAUCAAGAAACUAUCCACAUUUCAUCCUCCAAGAGGAACAUGGAUGAUUCAGUUGAUUUAUACGACCCAUAUCACAUUA